UGAUCGGAAUAUCAAUGGAGAAUUAAAUUCAAUACUCAAUCGCAAUCACCGCUGACUAACAAAUUUUAGCUCAUCAAAACUAGUCUAUGGUAUCAGUUGAGAAUGUUACUAUCGCACUUAAAAAUCUCAAAGGCAUAUUUUUCUGGGGCACAUUGGUACCUGGCGUUUUUGAAUAUAAUUCACUCUAGACCGAGUAUUUAAACCGGUAGGUCCGCAAAGUCACACUGAUAUAAAACUUUUUAUAGUAUAUUUCAUAACUUUUAACGUAUUUAUCGAAGAUUAUUGCAAAAUUAUUAAACGCGAAAGUAAGCAGUUGAUUGAAUUCCAAAGUGUAGUUGUGUAAUAUCCAAAUUAAUGAAGAUGCAUUUAAAUCGUUCGUGUCAGCGAUUAUUCGGCGGAGCGAAAAAUUACAGCUCAUGUACUGCAACCGGUUUUAAAUUAAAUCCUCGUCCAUUUGAAGAUAUUCCUGGACCAAAAUCACUCCCUAUUAUUGGCACUUUGUAUAAGUAUCUUCCUUACAUAGGAGAAUACAAUUUUAACAAAUUGCACAAAAAUGGUUUCAAAAAAUUGAGUAAAUACGGUCCAUUAGUUAAGGAAGAAAUAGUAUCCGGUGUUAAUAUAGUUUGGGUAUUUCGACCGGAAGAUAUUGCAGAAAUAUUCAAAGCUGAGGCUGGAAAGCAUCCAGAGAGACAUAGUCAUUUAGCGCUUCUUAAAUACCGAAAGGAUAGAAGCCAUGUAUACAACUCGGGAGGUCUUUUGCCCACAAAUGGGUCAGACUGGUGGCGAAUAAGAAAAGAAUUUCAAAAGGCGUUGAGUAAACCACAGAACAUUAUUAAUUAUAUCAAUGUAAUUGAUAAUGUUGUGCGACAAUUUGUUAAAUUAUGUGGAGACAAAAAAUACGAUGACCUUUUAUCAUUGAUAUCGCGACUUUUUCUUGAAUUAACGUGUUUAGUCGCAUUCGAUGUCUCGAUGAACAGUUUUUCCGUAGCAGAGAUGCAAGUUAACUCUCGCAGUUCAAAAUUAAUCGACGCGGCAUUGACGACCAAUAGCGCGAUAUUGAAAUUGGACAAUGGAAUUCAACUUUGGAAAUAUUUUAAGACUCCACUGUACAAAAAAUUGUGUACGAGCCAAAAAUUAAUGGAAGAAGUCGCCAUUGAAUUGGUAAAUAAAAAAAUAGAUGACAUGAAAAAUAAACCAGUGUCCACCAACGAAUCUUUGUUAGAAAUUUAUUUAAAAAACGAAAAUUUAGAUGUAAAAGACGUCGUGGGAAUGGCCUGCGACAUGUUACUGGCCGGAGUCGACACAACUAGCUACAGCCUUGCCUUUGCGCUCUUCCACUUGGGAAAUAAUCCCACAGUGCUAGAGAAACUCCAGACUGAAGCUGCGAGGCUAUUAGUCGAUGAUGCUCCGAUAACCGCAGCUACACUGCGUGAUGCGACUUACACCAAGGCUGUAAUCAAAGAAACUUUUCGUAUGAAUCCAAUUUCUGUUGGUGUUGGGCGCAUCCUUGCUGUGGAUACUGUUUUAAAUAACUUCCACAUACCCGCAGGAACAAUUGUGGUAACGCAAAAUCAAGUUACUUGUCGUUUACCAGAAUACUUUGACAACCCAAAUUCAUUUCUACCCGAAAGAUGGUUGCGAGAUGAUAAAAAUAAAACAAAGAACGGAGCUUCUGUACAUCCUUAUCUAGUUUUGCCAUUUGGACACGGUCCUAGAUCAUGUAUCGCACGCAGAUUAGCUGAGCAAAACCUUCAAAUGGUUCUUUUACGGCUAAGUAAGGAAUAUAAUUUCAAAUGGAAAGGAGGUUUGCUUGAUAACGUAUCUCUAUUAAUAAAUAAACCAGAUUUACCUAUCAAAAUGGAGUUUACUUCGAAAAACAAUGAUCAACUACUUACGUGAACUGUUAUACUAAACGUUAAAUGACAUUAAAUAU